AUGAGGGAGCUGAGUUUAGGCUCGAUGGGGAGUGUCCUGCAGCACCUAAUCCAGGGUGGGGCUCCCUAACGCGCCCUUUGUUAGUCUGACCGUAUUAGCAGCAUCCAGGACUUUCUCAGCACCAGAAAACACAGAGGAUAUAUUUUUUUAAGGUUUUUGAGUUUGGGAAGUCUAGCAGGCCUGAAGAACAAAAAUUACUCUUCAGGGAAAGAAAGCAAUCCAGUCUUAACAAUAUAUCCACAAUGUUCAGUGUACAAUCAAAAAUUGCUAGACGUGCAAAGAAACAGCAAAAUAUCACACGUGUAGAAAGAAAUCAGUUGAUUGAAACUGACCAGGAGAUGGCCCAGAUAUUGGAUUUAAAAUACAAAGACAUAUCAACGGCUAUUAUGAAGAAUUGUGAAGUCUUGAUGGAAAAACUGGAGUUAAUGAUUGAAGAGAGAAAGGAAUCUCUUAAAAACGACCUAAAGGAAAUUUCAGGUGUAAAAAGUACAAUAUCUGACAUGAAAAAUCCAAAGAAAUCCAGUACCAGAAGAGACUGGGAACGAAUGAAAGAUUUAGCCUCACAAAAAACAGGGUUGUUAGAGAAGCUUAGAGAAAACUCUAAAAUAGUUGAGGAUGUUGAAAAUUUGACCUUUAAAAGAAAAGGAAUAAACAAGCCAAGUAGCAAAUUAGACAAAGCUAAAGAGUACAGUACUAACCAAGGUAAGAAAUUGUCCCCAAAUGAAUCACAAAAUCACAAAGUCAUGGAAAGUUUUGAAGAAGCCAUAUGCAUUAUUGAUGACCGUUGUAGAAACUGCAACAGCCGUAUAGAAGUUACGGUUAGAGAGAAUCGAGAGGACGAACUAGUCGAAGAAGUGAGAGAGGAAAAAAUCCCUCAGAACUUCAAGACUAAAGAGAAAAUUCUAAAAGUCGACAGAGAAGAUGAAGCAGCAGGACUCACACUGGCAGCAGACUUUUCAUCAGCAACACUGGACGUCCGUAAGCGAUGGAGUGAUGUCUUCAACAUCCUGAGGGAAAAUGAUUUUGAGCCUAAAUUUCUGUGCCGAGUUAAAUUAGCAUUUAAAUGUGAUGGUGAAAUAAGGACCUUUUCAGACAUGCAAAGCCUCAGCAAAUUUACCAGCCAAAAAUCCUUUAUGAAAGAAUUACUGAAAGACGUACUCCCACAAGAUGAAAAAAUAGAAAAAGGAAGAAAAUACGGGAUUCAAGAAAAAAUGACACAGCUGAAGUUUCAAGGGCGUCUGGACGACAUCAGGAUCCAUCAGAACCGCUUCAACAGACCAACCUCUAAAUGA